AUGACAUCAAAACGGGUUGCGUUCAAAGUCCACGGUACUGUGCAAGGUGUCGGCUUCAGAGAUUUCACACAAAAAUGUGCCACGGGAUACAAUCUGAAGGGUUGGACUCGUAACACCACUUGUGGACGUGUCGAGGGUGAAGUCCAGGGAGAUGAAGAGACCAUCAAGAAAUUUAUGCAGCAAAUUGAUAAGGGACCACGUCUCGCCCAUGUGGUGAAACUCGAGAAGCGAGAUAUGGAGCCAUUGGAGGGCGAGGAUCGAUUUUCAGUGAUGCGCACGGGAGGAUCCGAAUUCGCAUCAGAGGCUUGA